AUGUCGCCAGCGUUCCGAACACGCUUCGCUUCCGUGUCUCUCCACAACGCCGAUCGCAUCCAGUUCUUGCGCUUCCCACCGGCCCUCAACUCCCUGCUUCGCGCCACGAUACUAUCAGUAUGGACACGCGGCAUCCAAUUCGAGAAAGUCUCAACCCAGCUUCUAGAGCUACAACUGAAAGGCAAUCCAUGGGGUGUGCAUAGAGACAACCCCGAGGGACUCGGAAUAGGCUCAAUACGCAACGCUCUAGAUCGCAAUUCGGGGGAACAAGCAAUCUUCGCGCAGAGACUUGUUUGUUCGCUCUUGAGGACUUUGCAUGGCGAAGGAUGGGUUCUCAUGCAAAGCACCGACAUCUCCCAAGUUCUCUGGGACGCCGACACACUUCUCUUCCGCCACCAGAUGCCAGCGCCGGCACCGCAAGAAUGGUUCAGUGUUGUGUUUCAAUACAACAACUUCCGCUUUGUGGAUGCGCCACGGGCUCUAUGCCUUCGCGUAUUGGAGCAUCUGUCCGCGCAGAGGCUGGAGAUGAAGUUCAAAGAUCAUGAGAAGGUGGAGGGCUGUUGCGAGGUUAAAUUCACUGGCACUAUGCGCAGAGGGUCGCCGUACCUCGAUCCGGUGAUCAAUGCCGGCACGCUGAAGACUCGAAUGAUGUUCUUGGAUCUGUUGGGGUGCAUUGAGGAGAAUGGAUGGACGUUGUACGCCAGUGUGGAGCAGAACACAAGAGGCGACGAGAAUGGCAUGACGGACACUUGGUACUGCUGUAGACCUGUAGGAUGGGUUGAAGGCAAUCCUGUGUACCACAACUGA